AUGCACUUGCCUAUCAGCAUAGGCGACUUCACCGACUUCUCUUGCAGUUUGAACCACGUCCAGAAUGCUGGUCAAAUUAUGGUUGGCCAGAAGUCCGCGCCUCCAUCUUUCUACAAGUUUCCAAUGUGCUAUCAAGGACGUGCGAGCUCUGUGGUGGUCUCGGGGACGCCUAUUGAGCGACCCGUCGGGCAUUUCUGGGACAACUCGGAACGACACGCUUCAGCGAAAGAUCGGCCGGUGGUGUUUGGUCCAUCCAAGGAGUUGGACUAUGAGGUUGAGGUGGCAGCGAUUGUCGGAAAGCCACUACCCAUGGGAGCAAGACUCAACGCCACAGAUGCUGAUGAUCAUAUUUUCGGCUUCGUGCUGAUGAAUGAUUGGAGCGCUCGAGAUAUUCAAGCAUUCGAGAUGAUUCCAUUGGGUCCUGUGAAUGGAAAGAACUUUGGCACAUCGAUAUCGCCGUGGGUGAUCUCCUACGAAGCCUUGGAACCGUUCAAAACAACUGCACCAAUCACUCAUUCCGAGGUCUCAAUCCAUAUGAUCGAUCCUACCGCUUCCACUUAUUCCAUUAUGCUCAAGGUUGAGAUAAUAUCGAACUCCAAGUCCACUACUACCGGGUUGUCAAACUUGAGCUCAUUGUUCUGA